AUGGGGUCAAUUCAAGUCGAAGAACUGGUGACUUGGCCAGAAAACGAGUACGGCAUUCAAAACACCAGAAUAUUUGAGAUUCCAAGUCUCACAGCUUCAAUCGACCAUCCAACACCAACAAACUGUCGGGAAGAAGUCAUUCUCCUAUCCUGGCUUAUCGUCCUCCUGCGCACACGCGAAGGAACGGUAAACUUCGACUGGGCGUACCUCUCCCGCGAAGAUGGCGCGGAACAAGAAACCGUGAUGCAAUGCUUGAAGAUGGAGGAGGUGACGCCAGGGCUGGAAAGUACGGUCGAGGAAACCAGUGCCGCGAUAUCGAGGUAUAUACAGGAUGUUGCGCCGAGGACUGCGGAGUCGAAGAAUGCUUCGUUGCUACUAACUAGUGUUUCAUUAGCGGGAGACGAGAAGGAGGGCCUGCAACUUGAGAUUCGCUUUCAAGCCGGCAUGCUUGAGAUCCAAGCCGUACGAUACCCCCAUAAUAUGCUUCCUUUCACAAUAUUACAUCACAUCUCCACAUUUGUCGAUACAAUAAACGCCUGUAUAUCUUCCCCGGCUGCCACAAUCUCAUCACUUCUCGCUCCAACAGCGAGUGAUCUCUCCUCAAUAUGGAGCUGGACGUCACCACUUCCACCAACAUACAACUCGUGCAUGCACACCAUGAUCUCCUCACGCGCAACAUCGCAUCAAGACAAAAUGGCCAUAGCGUCGUGGGACGGCGAUCUAACUUAUGCUCAAGUCGAUCGGUACUCGAGUAUUGCUGCCGGAAGGUUGCGCGAAAUGGGCGUGAAACUACACGAUUUCAUGCCAGUGUGCUUCGAGAAAUCACGAUGGACGAUCGUCGCUGUCCUGGCGGUCAUGAAAGCUGGUGCGACGAUGGUAAUGAUGGAUCCAUCGCUUCCAGUUGCGAGGCUGCAGAAUAUGCGGGAUCAGGUUGGCGCGCAGAUGAUUGUGUGUUCGCGGAAGCAACAGGAUUUGGCAAGAGAGAUUCUGCCGGAAGGUCAAAUGCUGGUGGUUGAUGAAGAGGCGUUUCAAAAAGAUGAGGAUCUGCCUGCGUUGGAGGAAGUCCCAUCUGAUGCGCUGAUGUAUAUCAUCUUCACUUCUGGAAGUACUGGAACACCGAAAGGUGUGAAGAUCUCGCAUGAGACGUACACGAGUAGUGCGAUUCCUAGAGCAAAAGCUGUUGGAUACACGGAAGAAUCUAGAGUGCUGGAUUUCGCAUCCUACGCAUUCGAUGUCAGUAUCGACAGUAUGCUACUCACUCUCGGCAAUGGUGGAUGUCUGUGUAUCCCAUCGGACGAGGAUCGUCUAAACGAUAUCAAUGGAGCGAUGCGGAGAAUGCGAGUCAACUAUGCGGGUCUGACGCCGUCGGUCGCCCGCAUCCUGGAGCCGGAUGUUAUUGCCUCGCUGAGCGGACUCGGACUUGGAGGAGAAGCUGCUUCGCCUCGAGAUGUUAAUUUCUGGGGUCAGGUCACCAGGAUAAUUAUUGGAUAUGGUCCUUGUGAAUGUACGAUUGGGUGUACAGUGAACAGCAGUGCUGCAACUGGCAGAUAUUAUAUCUCCAUUGGACCUGGCAAUGGUGCAGCCAUCUGGAUCGUUGAUCCCAAUGACCACAACCGGUUGAUGCCCGUCGGAGCUGUGGGAGAAUUGCUUGUUGAGGGUCCAAUUGUUGGACAAGGGUACUUGAAUGAUCCCGAAAAGACUGCAGCUGCAUUUAUUAAUGACCCACCCUGGCUUACUGCUGGCCAUGAUGGUUUCCCGGGUCGGACAGGCCGUCUGUACAAGUCUGGAGAUAUCGGCAUGUACGAUCCAGAUGGAUCUGGAAAUAUCGUAUUUGUUGGAAGGCAAGAUACGCAAGUGAAAUUGCGUGGACAGCGUGUUGAACUGAGCGAGAUAGAGAGUCAACUCAAAGCGAGGCUUCCCGCUGAUGUGAAUGUUAUUGCAGAAGUCAUCACACCACAGGGAACAGGAGGCCAACCAACUUUGGUAGCUUUUGUCGCACCUCAAUCGACGAAAGGACUGGGAAACGAGGAACUGAAGCUGGGAGAAUUGUCUGAGGAUCUCCGUCUGGCUUUGGCGAAAGCCGAUGCAGACGUUAAGGAGACUUUGCCAAGGUACAUGGUACCGAAUGCAUAUAUACCACCAAAUUACAUACCUGUUUUGAUCUCAGGAAAGACAGACAGGAAAAGGCUACGGGCUUUUGGCGCGACGGUUGACUUACGGCAGCUGGACCAAGACUCUUCCAGUGCCCCGUCCCGGGAAUUGAAGGAUCUGGAGAAGCGACUGCGGCAGGGAUGGGGUGAGGUGUUGAAGAUUGACCCGGAAACCAUCAGGCUGGAAGACAACUUUUUUGCGCUCGGUGGCGAGUCUCUGACCGCCAUAAAAUUAGUGUCCGUCUGCAGAAUACAAGGCCUUGACCUCUCAGUAACCAGCACAUUUGGCAAUCCUACGCUUGAGGCGAUGGCAAGCACUGUCAAGAUCAGCAGUUCCGAGGAAAAGGUAGAAACUGAAGCCUUCUCCAUGGUAUCUCAAGAUGUCGAGAGCGCAUCCAUUGAAGCAGCACAAGCAUGCGGAUCAGAACCAUCAGCUGUCGAGGAUAUUUAUCCUUGCACACCUACCCAAGAAUCUCUCUUCACCUUUUCUAUUCGAUCGAGCAAAGCGUAUAUUGCCCAGAGGGUAGCCUGUAUACCUGACACAAUCAGCCUCGACGCUUGGAAGAAAGCAUGGGAAGAUGUCGUAGUAGCAAGUCCCAUCCUACGGACCCGCUUGGCACAGCUCUCGGGACCUGGUUUGCGGCAAGUGGUGCUAAAGGGGAGCGUAUCCUGGAGAACUGCGACUGAUCUGCCAAAAUACCUCGAAGAUGACCGUUUGGAAAGGAUGGAGCUCGGGCAAGAUCUAGCUCGAUACGCAAUCGUCGAUUCGAACGGAAAGCAGUACAUGGUUUGGACUGUCCAUCACGUUCUCUACGACGGAUGGUCGGAGCCUUUGGUGCUGAAGAAUGUGAGCAAUGCUUUGCAAUAUCAGCCCUUCGAAUUACAAGCGCAGAUGAAAGAUUUUGUCAAGUAUGUCCGAGACACAGACGAAGUUGCGAUGCAGGUUUUCUGGCGGCGAGAAUUAGAUGGUGCUGUGGGGCCACAAUUUCCACGACUUCCAUUCAGGGAUUAUCUAGCGACGCCGGAUUCAUUCCUCGAGCACCAGAUAUCGCCCGAGACGGUGGCUGGCUCACCGUUCACCAUGGCCACUCUGAUUCGUGGUGCUUGGGCUCUGGUGGCAUCACAAUACUCUGGAAGUGAUGAUGUUGUGUUUGGCGAGACCUUGACUGGUCGAGACAUCCCACUACCUGGAGUCGAGGGAAUUGUAGGUCCGUUGAUCGCAACUGUUCCUGUACGGAUUCGCAUCCAUCGCACGACAACAAUCGAAUUGUAUCUACAGACUGUCCAGCAGAGCAUCCUUGCCCGUACUCCAUAUCAACACAUGGGAUGGCAGAACAUUCGGAAGGUCAGCACAGAUGCCCAACAUGCGUCUGAGGCAGGAACAGGGUUGGUGAUCCAGCCAGAACCAGAGUAUGCUGGGAGUGAGCUUGGGUUUGAGUAUGGUGAUGUUGUACGUGAAGCACUUCAUUUCAAUCCAUACCCGCUCAUGGUCGCUUUCGGGAUUCGCAAAGGCGGGUUGAGAGUUUGCGCAAAUUUUGACAGCAGUUUGAUUGAAUUUGCUCAAAUGGAGCGAGUACUUGCACAGCUUGAAGUGGCCUGCUCUGAAUUGUCAAACGACUUGUCAAGGAAAUUAACCGAGGUAUCUCUCUUGCCUGAAGCUGAAUUGAACAGAAUUUGGCAGUGGAACCAGACACCACCGUUAGUUCUGAAUGCUUCCAAACUUCAAGCACAUACAUCGGUACAACCAGGAGCUUUCUAUCCACGAGCAACCAUCCCAUGGGUAUGCGACCCUCGAAAUCUAUCACUCUUGUCCCCCAUCGGCUGUGCGGGCGAGCUUUGGUUUGAAGGAGCUAUCCCGGGUGAAGGCAUUGAGUCUCCUGACUGGCUGGUGGCUGGAAGCUCAGAAUAUCCUGGUCGUAGUGGAAAAGUCCAGUCGACAGGCGACAUGGUCGAGUUACGGGAAGAUGGCAGUCUGGUUUUCGUCGGUCGCAAGGAGAACAUCCUACAAAACCAAGGCAAUGCUGUGGAUAUCUCAGGUCUUGAAUUUCAUGUGGAGAGACAUCUUCCUGGGAACGUUCGAUCUGCCGCAGCCAUAUCCACUUCAUCAGAACAAGAGGACCCAGAUUUGAUUAUAUUCAUCGAGGGGCAGGGAGUCGACGAAGCCGACGAAGAGAUCGAGCUCUUGUCGGCAUCGCACGAAGUCACUUGCGAUUCUGGUCUGCAGAGUAUUGUCUUGGCCAAGGUGUCAGUCAGUCUUGCUGAAGCCAUCAAGAAGCUGGACAAGUCCAUCGAGAAAUCUUUGCCAUCGCACAUGGUCCCAUCAUCUUACGUGGUGGUCAACAGACUACCAUUUGACGAGGGCCCGAUUGAUCAUGCGAUGCUCAAUCAGCUCGCCUCCAGAAUCCCUCAAAACAUUUUUACGCAGCUGGCUACCGGAUUGACAAGGGCUUGGCUAAGGACGGCAGAGAGCAUUCUGACCGCAACGGAAGAUAUCCUUCGGACUGCGUGGGCAAAUAUUCUGGGCAUGAAUCCGGCACAGAUUGAUGUCGAGGAUAAUUUCUUCCGACUCGGGGGAGAUUCCGUCCUGGCGAUGAAAUUGGCGGCCAGUCUCCGAACCCAGGGGCAUGCGUUAUCAGUUUCAGACAUCUUCAACCAUAUGCGUCUCGGUGAUGCUGCGAAGGUUCUGAAAGUCAACCAGGUGGCAGAGCAAAAGAUCCAGCCCUACAAGCCAUUCUCAACUCUGCCGAUUUCUGAUGUCGAGCUGUUCUUGUCCGAGGUCGUUCGGCCAAAACUUGCAGAUUCGACAUGGGUUGUCAAAGAUGUUCUAUUAGUGACAGAUCCACAAGCCCUCGAUAUCAGAGGAACAGUCCAGGCGCCACGUACGUCGAUGCAAUACACAAUGUUGUAUCUUGACAAAGGAAUCGAUCGAGAGAAACUCUUCGGUGCAUGCAAAGACUUGGUCAAGACCCAUGAUAUUCUGCGCACCGUCUUCAUCGAGCACGAAUCGUGUUUCUUACAGGUCGUAAUAGAGAAUCUGGAUUCUCAUGUGACCACACAUCAGACUCAAGGAGAUGUUGGAAAGUAUGUUAACGAGCUUUGCACGGCCGAGAUCGAAUCAGAGUUCAAGCUCGGCUCUUCAUUCUUGAAAAUACUCCAUGUUGAAGGCCAGGAAAGCGAAUGCCUGAUCAUUGGUCUAUCGCAUGCUCAAUAUGAUGGUAACUCAUUGCCAAUGGUUCUUCGAGAUCUGGAGGCGUUGUACAGGGGAGGUAAGGUCGAGGAAUCCGAGCCCUUUUCCUCAUACAUGGCCCGAAUUGGCGAUGAUGGCGUCCAAACAAAGGCAAUCUCGUACUGGCGCAAUCUCUUGGCAGAUUCAACACUAUCCGUCGUCGAGGGAACUUCAGUCCAAUCAACGGAUAAGGCCAUAUUCCAGACUAAAGCCGUCGACAUCUCGCAACGACCCGACGAGAUCACUACAGCGAACUUGCUCACGGCCGCAUGGUCGUUGGUUCUUGCUCGACGUCUCCAGAAGCCAGAUGUAACCUUCGGUGGUAUCACCUCCGGUAGAAACGUCGAACUUGCAAAUAUCGAGAAUGUGAUGGGUCCAUGCUAUCAAUUCACGCCAAUCCGAGUAACAUUUGAAGCUGGAUGGACAGCCAUGGAUCUUCUUAAGUUCGUGCAGAGUCAAAGUGCCGGAUCAUCAGCACACGACUUCCUUGGCUUUGAGAAGAUCUCAAAGAAAUGUACGGAAUGGCCAGGUGUUGUCAGAUUCUUCGAUUCGAUCGUUCAUCAUCAGGACUUUGAGGAUUUUGAUACCAUGCCUUUCGCGGACGGCACAGCGAGAGUGGAGAUUCUGAAUCCUCAUGGCGAUGCGCCGAAUCCUUUGAAGGUUGUCUCGUUUGUUCGAGAAGGAAAGACUUAUGUUGGGGUGGUCGGAAGUGUGAGGGAUAUCCAGUUCGUCGACUCGAGCCUUGAUGAGCUCGCCGCGACGGUGGAGGAGUUGGCGUCAAGGAGAGACCACGUGCUGCUCAACGAGAAGGUGUUUGAGGGACAUUUGGGACAGACUGAUGUAGCUACGCCAGAACAGCGCGUAUAA